AUGUGCCACUUUCAGGUCUCCUCACACUGCUGGUGUGUUCCAUUUUUUGUCAUAGGGUGCUGGCAGAUUACGGGCCUCCCAUAGCUGCUGCCAGGCCCCUAAUCUGCCAUGGGCCCCUAUACCGCCUCCUCAUGCUGCUGCCAGGUCCAGAGUCUCUCAUGGGUCCCUGUACGGCCUCCCAUUGCUGCUGUCUCCAUCGCCACACUCUGCCAUGUGCCACUUUCAGGUCUCCUCACACUGCUGGUGUGUUCCAUUUUUUGUCAUAGGGUGCUGGCAGGCCUCCCAUUGCUGCUGUCUCCAUCGCCACACUCUGCCACUUUCAGGUCU